CCGCCGAUCUGAACAGCCAUUGAUUUGUAUUUUUCAUGGAAAAAUAACAACAACGCUAACAAAUCAUGGACAAAACUCCGGAUUGUAAUUUGGAUCGGAUAAAAGACGAACCGGCUGAAUGUAAGAAUGAACCGUUAAGCCGUUGUGAUGGUCAAGCUAAUGAAUUCGUUGAUAACACAUCUAUUAUGGUAUCGGUUCCACUAUCUGCUUCUGAAAUUUCCGAAAUCGAUUCCAUUGUACUCAAUGACUCGGUAUCAAAAGAAGUUGAAAAUGAUAAACCGGCUGAUGUGCCCCCCGUGGAACCGAUGGAAGUUAACGAACAAGAUAAGAGUGAUAUUCCCGACGCUAAUUUGACUGAAGAUAUUGAUUUACCGUCAACUGCCACUCAAAGUACUACUGUGGCCACAUGUGACAAAUCUAUAGCAGAUCCCUCAUCUACUCAACCAAAUAUCGAAAAGGGAGAUGACACAAACGUCGACGAAAAUGAUGUUGUGAUGCUGUUGAGCGACAGCGAAGAUGAGGAUACUGCGAGAAAAAGCAGACUGGUCGACACUGCGGAAAUGAUUGAAAAAUUUUCAACGCAAGGAGUGACGUUGGAAGUCGUCAAGCCAGCGAACGAUAAAUUGAGAGCUGCAUCAGUGCGCACAGAGAAUGUUGAAAAUAAAACCAACGACAAUGACACAAGUGUCAUCAUGCUAGAUGACUCUCCUCGAGAAGUCGAGGCUCCCACUAAUGAUAGAGAUUCAGCGAAACGGAAUGCGAUAGAAGUGGACGAAGAGCCACCUCCACAAACCGCAAACGAAACCGACGACCCGGCUCAAAAUGCGCUACAAAUGAUCAGACAGCUUGUUGACGGAUGUUACCCUGAUGACAAGGAAAGCACUGCAGCAACAACAGCCACGACAACAACAACAACAACAACAGCUUCAAAAUCGACAGACUCUCCUGCCCCGAACGAAUCUCAAAAGACUCAAUCCACUUUCCGGCUUGUCGGAAUGGAUAAAUUGCUGGAAACGAAUUCAGUGAAAUCCGGAGAGAAGCGAGAGUGCAUCAACUUCGACUGUAAAUCGAAGAAGUCGGUGGAAUUCUACAAAGCUCCGCUGUUGGCGCUCAGUCAUUUUAACGUUCCACGAAAGGUGAAUCGGGCCCAGUUUAUCUGUCAAAAUUGUUUCGAUGUUUCGGUCAACGAUUAUGAACGCAUGGGAGUGGCGCUGGUCAAUCAACAACCGUUGUUGUUAGAGGAAGUGCCUGUUCGUCCCGAAGUGGUCGAAAUACUUGAUAGUGAAGAGGAAGACAAUGGUGGUGGCAGCAGCAAAUAUGUCGAUGACAUCAAGCCACUGUCAUUGGACACGUUGACCUUACUCGAAGACCAUUUCGAGGACGUGCUAAAGGAAGCAUUCAAUCGUAUCAAUAUUGCACAGCAAAUGGCCUGGACCGAUCAAAUUCUGAAUCACAAAAUCGACAAGAACGAAACCAAAACCGAGGAACUCGAACUUCAAGUCAAAUCAAUGCAAAAGCUAGCCGAUUCCAUGUACGACAAAUUGUACAAAAACACAAACUUUGUCAUCGAAGAGCUGCCACCGUUCGAUUUGAACGAGAACAAGCAAUUGCACAUGUACGGGCCGAAUUAUCCGCCUCAAGGUGAACUGAUUUAUCCGCCGGUUGACAUGAAUUCGUUGUAUUAUGCGGUUCGUGCCAAAUUGCUGACCACUUGGAUACCAUGCAAAGUCACUGAACGAGUCGACGCAUCUGUGGAUGGGAAGAAAAUGUUCAAAGUCAGAUUUCUACGUACCAAAGGUGUGCUCAACAAAACUGUUCCCGGCAACCAUUUAGCAUACGGCACAGCACCAUCCGUUCGUUUAACCGUCGGCACCCGUGUGAUUGCAUUGUUUACGAUGGAGCCUCACGACAAUUUACGUUCGACCUUCUUCCCUGGAAUCGUAGCCGAACCACUUCAACAGUACAACAAAUGGCGCUACUUGAUAUUUUUCGAUGACGGCUACGCCCAAUAUGUCACACCGGACAAUCUGCGACUCAUUUGUUCGCCAUCGCCUAACGUGUGGGAGGACGUUUAUCCCGAUGCAGCCGAAUUUAUCAAAUCGUAUUUGGAGCAAUACAAAACCCAACGACCGAUGGUGCAAGUGAAACGUGGACAACGCAUGAUAACCGAAUGGAACUCAGAGUGGACGCAUGCUCGUGUCCAUGACAUUGAUGGCAGUUUGGUGCAAAUGUAUUUUGAAAAUGCCAAACGUUCAGAGUGGAUCUAUCGCGGUUCAACGAGACUGGGCCCGUUGUACAAAGAUCGUCAGUUACAGAAGCAUUCGGUCAGUUCUGGCAAGCGGAACGAACCGUUUGUUGAGUACAUGACCAUUGACGAUGACGGCAAGAAUAAGACAUCGACGGCAGCGAAACCAGUUCAGGCACAGAAGCCAGUUGCUGCAAAGCCAUCGCACACAAACACACCAUCGCAAACACCUAACCCACCAUCGCACACACCUAACACAUCUUCGCAAGUAGCACCACAAUCGGGGGAGGAAAAGCGCUCCGUUGCAAGAAAGAGUGUAACGGCACCACAACGUCCACAGCCGGCUGUUCAGCAUAUGAACAGCGCAACCAUUUAUAUCGAAGAGGACAAUCGACCGAAAGGAAAAGUGGUUUACUACACAGCGAAGAAACACAUGCCACCCAGAAAGUUCGUACCGCACAAAUGUGGUGUCGGCUGUCUGUAUGAAGUGAAACACAAUCUGAGCACGUACAGUCCGUUAGCGAAACCCCUACUGUCCGGUUGGGAACGGAAAAUUCUGCGAAAUAAAACGAAGAAAAGCGUCGAAUAUCGAACUCCGUGCGGACGGAACUUGAGAAACAUGGCCGAGCUGCAUCGAUAUCUCCGCCAAACGAAAUGUGCGUUGAACGUUGAUAAUUUUGACUUCGAUUUUAUGGUUCAUUGUCUGGCUGAAUACGUCAUUGACACCUGUGUCGUACAAAAGCAGGACUUGUCGGAUGGAUGUGAACCGAUGGUGGUUCCGUGCGUCAAUUCCUAUGACAAUACAAUGCCGCCUCCGUGUGUUUAUUCCGCGAAACGUAUACCAAACGAAGGAGUCAACUUGAAUCUCGAUACGAAUUUUAUGUGUGGCUGUGAUUGCGAAGACGAUUGUAUGGACAAAAGUAAAUGCCAGUGCUGGAAACUAACACUUGAUGGUGCACAGUUCGGUAAUCCGAAUACGCCCAUCGACCAAGUCGGCUAUGAAUUCAAGAGGUUACCGAAUCCAGUACCAACGGGCAUCUACGAAUGCAAUACGCGUUGCAAAUGCUCCAAAACGUGCUUGAACCGUGUCGCACAGCAUCCGCUGCAAUUGAAGCUACAAGUGUUCAAAACUGUGAGCCGAGGGUGGGGACUCCGUUGCUUGAAUGAUGUGCCAAAGGGCAGCUUCAUUUGCAUCUAUGCCGGAGAUCUUUUGACUGAACAGAAUGCAAACAUUGCCGGUGAUAAUUAUGGCGAUGAAUAUUUCGCCGAAUUGGAUUACAUCGAAGUUGUGGAAAAUUUGAAGGAGGGCUACGAACCGGGAGUGAUGGACGAUGACUUCGACGACGACGAAUUCGAUCCCGACAAGACGAAAGACGAUUCGGAUGACGACGAGUAUGUGGCAACGGUAUCGCAGGGACCGCGACAAACCCGAUACAAUACGCGUCAUUCAGUGGACGCCAGCAAUAAGAAGAAAACCACCGAAACGCCGAAACUGAAGGUCGAUCCAGCGUCCGGUUCCAAUUCGGACGAAGAAGAUGCCCAGCGGCAAUUGAUCAGUUUCAUGCCGAAUGCCGAUUCCGUCGAGUUCGAAAACAAUACGACCAAUCGGUACCGGUCGAUUCGGAAAUUUUACGGCAAAAACGAAAGCGUUUUCAUCAUGGACGCUAAGAAGCUGGGCAACAUCGGACGAUACUUCAAUCAUUCCUGCUCGCCGAACCUAUUCGUGCAAAAUGUGUUCGUUGAUACGCACGAUCUGCGAUUUCCGUGGGUCGCCUUUUUCGCACUGUCUCACAUUCGAGCUGGCAGCGAAUUGACGUGGAAUUACAAUUAUGAUGUGGGUAGCGUGCCCGGCAAAGUUAUGUACUGUGAAUGCGGUGCGGAAAACUGUCGAGGACGACUGUUGUAAAUAUGAAGAGAACAAAGGAACCAGCAGUAAUUAAACUCACAGCGUCAAAGCAA